AUGCCUCCUCCCGUUCGCACCAAGAGACGAACGACGCUCGCUUCUCUGGUGCUGCUUCAGCUGGCGAUCCUUCUCCUGCUCCAAGGAGCAUGUGUACUUCGCGAUUGCAGAGCCGAUGCCAUACGGUUGACGCCAGGAAGAGUCGGCGGCGGGGGCGGCUUGAUCGUGAGGGAGAAGAUGAUGACGAGCCAAUCGCAAGUGGUGGCCUCGCACAAGAAGACUAAGCAAGAGUUGUUGCACAAGUACUUCGAUGGAAGACCCGACACGACUCCUACUGACUCAUCGUCGGUUCUUGGAGGAAGCAAGAGAACAGUGCCCAGUUGCCCAGAUCCUCUCCACAAUUGA